AUGUCUUAUGCGGUCAACGAUUGGCGCGUCUCUUCCGAACCUCCCGCGCGGCCCAACACCUGGCUCACGGGCUGCGAAGCUCUCUCAGCCCGCAUCGCCCCCCGUGAGCCAACAGUCAAGUCCUGCCGCAUCGCGAUUCCUGUCGCCGACGGCUUUGACCGCGCGCAAGUCAACGGCAUCCGCGCCACACCGCUCAAGGCCGGAAUAGCGAAGCGUGGGGCCGUCGUGGGCGAUGGCAAGAGCAAGGGCCAUCCCGCGGACCACCACUACGAUGCCCACAUUUCUAUCGACAUCGACAUCGAUGUGGCUUUCAACAACCUCUCGCAGGCCAUUGUCUCGUCGCCCUCACGGCCGCCACUCUGCGCCCUACGUUUCCACCUCCACAAAGCCAACACGACCACCCACUCCCUGCGUUUCCACCUCCACGGACCCAACACAACUGCCUCGACCGACUCGCAGUACUCGCACAUCGCUUGGGCGACCUCCCGGCGCAAGCAGGGCGGUCUCGGUCCGGACCUCAAGCUCCUGCUUGUCGCGCACCGCGACAUGUCCGUCUCGCCCGAUUACAGCAUCCUCAUCGAGGAUGAGGGCAUCGCCCUCCGUGGGCUCUUCAUCAUUGACCCAUAA